CCUUAGCAAUAAAAUACACGAGCAAUUGCCGAAAUCACGGGUUUCGUCCAGGCUUUUUAAUAAUCCUUAAGCAAAGGGGAAUUCCAAGAAUAUAGACGAAUAAAAACCAUUAUCGGUUUUAGUUUGACAUGUAUAAAAGUAUUAAAUAUUUGCUUUAAUGAUUUUAUUUUAACAAAUAGUUAAAAGGAAUGAAUAACAUUGAUCUCGGUGAUCCAGUACAUGCCUUUUAAAUCCGAUAUGAACACGUGCCGAAUGUUGAUCGUUCAUUUAAAUCGCCGUUCUAAAGGCAGUUAACAGAUAUAAAUGCAUGCCAACUUUCUUUUUUCUUUCAGAUUGAGCAAACUCUCAGUGAAACAAACAACUAACAAAUUGUCCAAAUAUAAACAAAAAUUCUAUGCGACAUUUACAUACGACGUCGUUAGUUGAAACGACACCGUUGCUAUCACAAGUUAAUAAUGGCGUCAGUGCAACCACCUAUAGAAAUACAGUCUAUCUUUACUCUAUUAUUGCCGCAGUCGGUGGACUAGUGUGUACUUAUGAUACAGGCUCUAUUUCAAGCAUUAUUGCGUUGCCAAACUUUAGACAGCAGUUUUACAAACAUCGAUCUAUUGAAUAUUAUGAAAGUAUUAUACUUGUUUCCUAUUUGAUCACAUCCAUGUGUGGAGCUUUCAUAUCCGGCUAUUUUUGCGAUAGGCUAGGCAGAAAAUAUACAAUGAUUUUUGCUUCAUGCAUACUAUCAAUGGGCAUCGUUUUUGAAAUAGUCGGUUUGACUAUAAAGACUCUAAUUUUGGGAAGAUUGUUUGCUGGAAUAGGAACAGGCCUAUUGACCAACGCUAUACCCUUAUAUCAAUCAGAGAUUGCGCCAUCUGAUAUUCGUGGUCGAUUGAUCAGCUUGUUCACACUUUGUGGAUCAUUUGGUCAGAUGAUAGGAUAUGUUGUCACCUUUCGUACAAGUUAUUUUCAUUCACAUUGGAGUUGGCGCACUCCAUGGUUAUUCCAACUGUUUCUCUGUUGGGCUUUCAUUCUGUCUUCACUAUGUGUACUCCCAUUAUCACCCAGAUGGUUAAUCAGUAAAGGCAGAGAAAUUGAAGGCUUGUCAGUAUUAGCAAAGAUACACGAUGCACAGCAAACCGACCCAAUUGUACAGAAAGACUAUUUAGAUAUCAGGGGAUCAAUUGAGGCCGAGAAAGCAGAGUAUAACAACUGUAGCUAUGCCGAGCUUUUUGAAGGGGUCAAUUUGAGACGCACAAUAUAUUCCCUCUUCAUUUCCAUCGCAACAUGCUUCACUGGCAAUGUUAUUAUUUGGUAUUUUGCUCCUCAAAUUUUCAAAGAUGCUGGUUUGGAUGAUGUAUCCGUAUCGCUGGCGUUAACAGGAGGAAUUGGGCUACUGUCAUUGAUCUUCACAGCAAUGUCAUUAUAUUGGUGGAUCGAUCUUAAAGGAAGGAAAGCCUUGUUUUUUGUCGGUUCAGCUAUAUCUGCUCUUUGUAUGUUUCUGGUGGGAUCCAUGUUUCACUUUUUUGCUAAGUCCAACAAUAAUGGUACCUCCAUUAUAGUAACAGAUCCUUACGCACGGAUCAUUAUUAUCAUUUGUGUGUAUGCUAUAUCAGCUGCAUUUGCGGGAACUUGGGGUGUGGGGAAUUAUGUCUAUACAGCAGAAAUAUUCAGUAUGCGAUGCCGUGCGAAAGGCUUAUCCCUCACUUACGCAAUCAGCUGGGCUGGAAGCAUCAUUAUCACUUUCUCGACCCCCUUUUUGAUGGCCUACAGUGUUAGUGGAGUGUACUACUUUUUUGGUAUGUGCUCAAUAUUGACAUUAGUUGGAAUUACCUUUAUACCCGAAACGAAAGGCAAAACUCUAGAAGAAAUAGAUUUCUUAUUCCAUAAUCGUAAUAUUUGAUUAACUUUUUCGUAUAUACCUGUUAAUUGCAUUUAAACAAAUUAUACCAUUAAAACGUGGUUGUAGACUGAGAUAAUAUGUGUACAAAUUGAGUAUCGAUAUAUGCGCGGAAGAUUUUGCUUUAACGUCCUAUACAGUGCGGUGGAAUUAAUUACUGUAUUUAGAGUCAGUAUAAUGACUAUUUUUGUCUGUUACGUUGGCUAUGUUCACGCUCUAACUUAUAUAAAUGUAGCAAGUUUAUUGUCCUGCUCGGUAUUGUC